AGCUUCUCUGCGGACGGGACCAGAUGGCGUGAGACGGCUAAUUUCCACGCCGGACCCAGCGACGGUCUCACCGCCUUAAAAUCGACACGACGCCUCUCUCGCCGUUCGCUUCCGCUUUCCCCUCUUCUUCGUCGGCUCACUCCGCUGCCGCCAUUCCCGAUCUCUUCAGGUGCUCGUUUUCUUCCCCUGCUUUCAAUUAUUGCGGAUCUCUUUGUCUUAGAGUGAAAGUCAACAUUUUGUAUUGGUUGGUUCCACGAGGAGGAGUUUGACGAAAGAGAAUAUUUGGUACCAUAAUAUUCAUGGAGGCUGAGGCAGGGCUUCUUAAGGUGAUUGUCUCUAGUGGGAGGAAUCUGGCGAUCAGGGAUUUUAUUAGCAGUGAUCCUUAUGUUGUAGUUAAAGUUGGAAAUCAGACUGCAAAGACAAAGGUGAUUAAUAGUUGCCUUAAUCCUGUUUGGAACGAAGAACUAACAUUCCAUGUAAAAGAGCACCUAGGUGUACUGAGAAUGGAAGUAUUUGAUCGGGACACAUUCAAGUUUGAUGACAAAAUGGGGCACGCCUUCCUUGAUCUGCAGCCCCUCGCCUCUUCUUCGAAGCUCAAACAAGCUCUGCAGCUCACCACUGGUGAGACAAGGCUGAGGAGACUAACUCCAGACAGGGACAACUGCCUCUUGGCUGAUAGCUUUGUCACAUACACCAAUGGCGAAAUUGUGCUGGAAGUAGGUCUGAGGCUUUGUGAUGUGGAGUCCGGUGAGUUAUAUGUCACAGUUAAGUGGAUCGAUCACCCAAUUGCUUCAGACUGUCGAAAAGAGAGGUAAUUUAAUUUCCCUGUCUGGCUUUGUUGUGAAAUGGAAACAAUGACUUGUAAAUAUUUCAAAAUGUUGUCAAUCACUAUAUCUAUCAGGAUCUUAGUUUGCCCCGUAAAUAGAUUACUAGUUGAAUUCUGUGUACAGCUGCAGAUACUUGUUACACUGAAUACCGACUUGUAGGUAAUUUGCUAAA